AUGGGGCAGGAUGAAGACUUUGAUGAUGACCACGGUGCCCUGUCUCCCCAUGGCCUUUUGCCCGCUGCAAGCAUACUCUCGGAUGAAGAGCUUAUCCUGGACCGGAUCAAGGACCUCAAGAAUCCAGACCAGACUGACGUUUUGAGAUCUGACUGGCACAAGAAUCACAUGGCAGCAAUAAGUAGUGAGAAGUUUGACAGCCUCCUGAAGAAGUGUCCUGAUUUCUAUGGCUGCAAGAGCCACAUGGCAGCAUUUGUCUUGAUAAGAGAAGUGCUGGAUACAGCAGGUGGUCCGUGUGAGCGUUACCAGGUGGUGGCUUUGGGAGCUGGCCGUUCAUGCUGCAGGAAGUGGCUUUGCUACAAUGGAACAAUGGUCCAUGACUGCCACGCCAUCAUCAUCGCCAGACGGGCUCUCAAAAGGUAUCUGUACAAACAGCUUCUGCUGUUCUUUGAUGAUGAUCCAAUGGCCAAGGAGAACUGUGUUUUUGAGAGUAGUGCAGACGGCCACCAGCUUCAGCUCAAACCCAAGACCAGUCUACAUCUCUACACCAAUCGGUGUCCUGAAGGAGCAGCAAAUAACUUCUCCUUCAAGGACCCUGUGAAUAGUGCAACCGCUAUGAAGCUGCGGUAUCAUGCCAAGGCCCUGCUGGUCCCUGUAUGCAACCUUGACCCGAGUGUGUGGGGUGCCAAAGUCUGCUGCAUGUCUGGUAGUGACAAAUUGUGCCGCUGGACUGUCACUGGGUUGCAGGGUGCAUUACUGAGCCACUUCAUCCAGCCGCUUUACAUCAGCAGCAUGGUGCUAGGAGGUCAGGAGCUCUUAAAUGAGGAAGGGUCUGAUAUCGCCAACAUGCGACUCGGGGAUGGCUGGGAAGACGUUCUGCCGCCGUCCUACAGAAAACAAAACCUCAUCUUUCUCUGCGGCGACUACGUGGGGCCUGUUGUGACCUCGCAUGACGAUCUCAGCGUCAACUGGUGCCUCGGAGACAGUGCUGUUGAAGUUCUGGACAGUGGCAAGGGCCUCGUCAUUAAUGGCUCUCCAUCUGUGAGUGGGCCUGGCUCCUCCAGCAGACUUUGCAAGAGAGCCCUCUACAGUUAUUUCCUCCGAGUUGCACAGCUGGGUGGGCAUAGCUAUCUGCUGGAGCUUCCCACCUACCACAGCAUCAAGGUGGAAGCCGUCGUCUACCAGACAGUCAAAGAUCUGGUCAAGCAACGGUUCCUGAGCAACAAUGAGGGUGCCUGGAACUCCAAAAAUCUGGUGGACCGCUUUAGCGCUUGA